AUGGAUUCUCUCAUGCACUCCUGCCACAAGAUCAUGCUCGAGCGAGCCUCUGCACAAGAUAGCGAGCACCACCCACAACCACUCUCAGACAACCCACCACCAGCCUACACUGCCGAAGACAACUUGAUCGACUCGGAAGAUGACUACGACGACGAAGACCCAUCCCCAGUCACUCUGGUCCUCAACGCCGACACAAAAGUUCAUGGAACUGGCAACAUGAUUGCAACAUCACCACUCUCCGAUGCCACACGCCUAUCAGCACUUCUUCUCGCUGCAGUACAAGGUCUCAAUGCUGCAAAGACCAGUGCUACUGAAUCUGGCUCGGCCACCCCUAUGUUGCAGGUCAACCUUACGAUCAACUGCGGUGUCACUGUCAUUGGUGACAAGAAUGUUAUUGGCUACAAGACUCAAGGCACCCUUCCGACUACCAUGAAGAGAAAGAUUACUGAGGAGGAUCCUGGAGAUGUCCCUGAAGCCAAGAAGACCAAGGCUCAGUGA